GAGAUUUCGACACCUUUUAUUCCACAGAUCACAGUCACCUACCAUAAUGGACGGAGGUGACCGAGAAGCAGCCAGAUUAUGGCGAGUGUUUCGUACAGUGAAUGAAAUGGUCAGGGAUCGGGGUUACGUGGUGGCUCAAAGAGAUGUUGAAAUACCACUGGAUGAAUUCAAAAUGAAUUAUGUAAAAGGCGGUGUUGUAGACCGCCACUCUAUGACUUUCUUGGUUACAAUGGAGGACCGACCGAGUGAUUCCCUUCUGGUGUUCUUCGCAGAGGAUGAAUCUGUGGGAAUCAAGCCUAUCAAAAAAAUUGCGGAGCGUAUGGCAACACAAAAUAUUUUCAAAGCCAUUGUGGUAAUCCCGAAAACAAUGACUCCAUCUGCCAAAAAGGUUAUUCAAGAGAUGGCACCGAAAUAUAAUAUCGAUCAGUUCGCUGAAUCAGAGUUGCUUGUCAAUAUUACCAAACACGUCCUAGUCCCUGAACACGAAGUUCUCUCAGAUAGUGAAAAGAAGACAUUGCUGGAAAGAUACCGACUCAAAGAAGCUCAAUUGCCACGUAUACAUCCGACCGAUCCGAUUGCGAAAUAUUAUGGCAUGAAAAGAGGACAAGUGGUCAAAAUUAUCCGACCGAGUGAAACCGCUGGAAAAUACGUCACCUAUAGAUAUUGUUUUUAAUUGCUUCUGUCUUGACAGCUAUGCGCAAGCUGCCGUUACUGAAGCCAAUGUAUAUUUUGUAUGUAACCGCACCAAUAUCGGCUGUGUCCGAUCUAAAAUAAAAAACAAAUUCGACUUGGGAAUGGAAAGACCUCAGCCUACCCAAAUGAUAAAAGU